AUGGAACAAUUAAUCGACGCCCAGCGGGAACUGCACGGGCGCAUAAAGCGCUCUACGGAGAACCUUCGGAAGGUGGGGGCAGCCAAGAUCACGGAGUCGCAUGUCCGCUCGACCUUGUCGCUUCUGGAAAAUAAAUGGGCUAAGUUUGAAUCACAGCACCGCAAGCUGUUGGAUGAGUAUCGCAAGGACCUUGCGACCCAUGAAUACCUCACCGGCUAUUAUCUCGACGAAGUCGAGGCCACGUAUUUGGCGCAGCACGGUCACCUGUCGGAGUUGCUGCGGUCCUUCACCGCGAACCAGCCACCUGCAGACGAGCCUCAUCCUGUCAAAUCGGAGUCGACCUCGUCGCGCAACACUCUGCCGAGGAUCGACAUUCCGCAUUUCUCAGGAAAAUUCCAGGACUGGCCGGGUUUCCGUGACUUGUUUCAGUCCAUGGUGAUCCGAGAGCCCUCCCUGUCUAAGGUGGAGAAGUUGCAUUACCUGAGAACCAGCGUGGACGGAGAUGCGGAUCGACUGAUUCGCAACUUACCUACCACCGAGGAAAAUUUCGAGCGGGCUUGGGAAAGCGUAAAGUCUCAUUACGAAAACAAGAGACUUCUGGUGCGCGCUUACCUGACAACCUUCACGUCUUUACCUCCGAUGAAGUCCGAUUCCGUCGAUGACCUUCGUGCGAUCUUCCACGGGGUCGUGACCACCGUCGGCGCCCUGGAGGGCAUUGGCCGCCCGAUCUCUAAUUCCAUGGACCUGUUCGUGCAUCUUGUGGUGGAAUUACUGGAUCCCCGAACUCGGCUGGCGUGGGAGUCGUCCUUGGGGCGUUCUGCGGUGCCGCCCUCCUACGAGGAGCUCCAUGACUUCCUGCAUGAGCAGCUGGUGACACAGGAGGUGUUCCGCAUCACGAAGCCUGGGGUGGACUCCGGGAAGCCCGCGGGAAAGCAGAUCAAGCACGCUCGUUCCAACGUUUCCCGCAGAUCCAAGGUCGAGUCUCGUGGGCAUUGUCCGCUCUGCAAGGGAGAUCACUUCGUCAUGACCUGCGAGCAGUAUAAGCAGAAGUCCGCUCGAGAGCGUCGAGAUCUGGCCAAUGCUCACCGACUCUGCUGGAAUUGCCUCGGUCGCCACCAGGUUAGCGAUUGCCCCUCCACCAGAAACUGCGGUAAGUGCUCGGCACGACACAACACUACGCUGCACGACGCAUUCGCGACGUCCUCGCUCGCGGUCGCGGCGGCGGCCCCGGCGGCCGCCGUUCUCGUCGCAGGACCGCCCUCCGUGGAGAGCGCCGCGGUGCUCCUUGCCACCGCCCGUGUUUUUGUGUCGGACCGCACGGGUACUCGACAUCCGGUGAGAGUGCUAAUUGAUCCGGGCUCCGAAACGUGCAUGAUUGCGGAGUCGCUAGCUCAGCGCCUGCGACUUCCUCGCACCCCCAAUUCCGUGGCGAUUUUCGGCAUCGGGGGUCAACAGACGGGCGUAUCGCGCGGACGAAUCGCCCUGUCGCUCGUCUCGCGCACCGGGAAGGCCACUCUGGAGAUCUCAGCUCUUGUAUUCCCGCGGUUGACGAUCUACGGCACUUCGGUUGAUCGGGGCUCACGGGCGUGGCCUCACCUGGACGGACUGGAGCUGGCGGACCCGGAAUUCUGCAGCCAGGACUCCGUCGAGUUGCUGCUUGGCGCUGACGCUUACGCGCACAUCGCGCUGUCCGGUCUGCAGAAGGGUGGACCACAGGAACCUAUCGCGCAGAACACGUCGUUCGGUUGGGUCAUCCUCGGCACUGCCGGCGCUUCUCGUGCUGUCUCCGCGGUUUCUUCGAUGCAGUGCUCGUCGCUCGACGAGUUGACCGCCCUGGUGCGUCAGUUCUGGGAGCAGGAGGAGCCACCACGCCCGGCCGUGCCUCUCACGGCUGAGGAACAGAAGUGCGAGGAGCACUUCGAACGCACGCAUUCGCGCGUGCCCGGCGGACGUUACCGGGUGCGCCUGCCGGUCCGAGACUCUCUUCCGGAUCUCACUGCCUCGCGUCUCCCCGCCUUGCGGAUGCUGUCCGUGAUGGAGCUCCGCUUCGAGAGGGACGCUAUCCUGCGUGAUCGCUAUCACGACUUCCUCCGCGAGUACGUCGCCCUGGGCCAUAUGUCCCCUGCGUCACCUCUGCUUGCUCCUCGCCCUUCGGUGUGCUACCUGCCGCACCACGGCGUCUGGAAGGGGGAGGGUGACAGCGCAAAGAUCCGCGUGGUCUUUAACGGGUCUGCCCGCGUCCGCCCGGGAACGUCCCUCAACGAAUGCCUCUUCCCGGGCCCGAACCUGCUGCCGUCCCUCGCGGACGUAUUGACACGCUGGCGACGACAUCGCUUCGUGGUUGCCUCUGACAUCGAGAAGAUGUACCGGCAGAUUCUGGUGCACCCUGAGGACCGGGACCUCCAGCGAAUACUGUGGAAGGAAAAUAAUUUGUUAACCGAGUUUCAGCUCAACACGGUGACGUACGGUCUCAGCAGCGCGCCUUACCUGGCGAUCCGUGUGCUCCGACAGUUGGCCGCCGACGAGGGGUCGACUUUCCCUAGAGCCGCGGAGGCCCUGAGACACGACGCCUAUAUGGAUGACAUCCUGGCCGGCGCUGCCAACCUGGCCGAUGCGAGGCGUCUGCGACGAGAAUUAACGUCGCUGUGCACGGCGGGCGGUUUUCCCCUGCGAAAAUGGACCGCCAACUGCGCCGCGCUUCUGGAAGACGUACCCGCCGAGCACCGAAGUCCGCGCGCAGCGGAUGACUUCUUGCCGGUUGCCGAACAUUCGGUGCUGGGUCUUCGCUGGAAUCCGGAAAGCGACUGCUUUUCACUUAUCGUCCGGCCCCCUCCGGCAGUGGCGCCUACGAAGCGGUCGCUGCUGUCUGCCUCGGCGCGGCUGUUUGACCCGCUGGGGUGGUUGGCGCCGGUCACCGUCCUCGCCAAGCUGCUGAUCCAGACGACCUGGUUGCAGCAGUUGGAUUGGGACGCCCCCUUGGCCGCGACCGAGGCCGCCGCCUGGUCCCGGCUCGAGGCCGAGCUCCAUGACCUGGAGGCACUGCGGGUGCCCCGAUGGUUUCGAGGCGAUGAUCCCACGGUGCGGAUCGAGCUUCAUGGCUUUUCCGACGCGUCGGAGAGAGCGUACGCCGCGGUGGUGUACCUUCGCUCGUCGUCGGACGGGGAGACGUCUGUCUCCCUCGUGUCGGCAAAGACCAGAGUGGCUCCGCUGAGGCGCGUGUCGCUGCCCCGUCUGGAACUCUGCGGGGCCGCUCUCCUCGCUGGACUGGUCGACCACGUGCGGUCGACCUUGGACCUGUCGGACGUGCCUGUUCACCUGUGGACAGAUUCGACGGUUACCUUAGGCUGGAUUCGGGGGCACCCGGCGAGAUGGACAACCUACGUCGCCAAUAGGGUCGCCGAGAUACAGCGCUCGGUGCCAACUGCCCGAUGGCAUCACCUACCUGGCCGGAUCAACCCCGCGGACUGCGCUUCUCGCGGGAUGCCCCCCCGAGAACUGCUCUCUCACACGUUGUGGUGGGACGGGCCGGACUUCCUGCGCAGAGAUGCUUCGCUGUGGCCGGGGGAGUCUGAACCGCUGGACCCAAGCGACCUCCCGGAGCGGCGACCGCUUCCGUGCCUCGCGACCUCGAGGGCGCCCGAACCGGAGGAGCUCACCCGUUUCUCCUCGCUGCGGAGAUUGCUGCGGGUCACUGCCUGGAUGCGUCGAUGGUCUCGGCUUAGCGUGACCGGGGCUGCGGAGUCGCCGGUGGGAUCUGCCUCCUUGGAUGUCGAGGAGUUGCGCCUGGCCUUGGAGUGCUGGCUCAGGGUGGUGCAGGGCGGUGCCUUCCCUCUGGAGCUCACGGCCAUCGCUGCGGGUCGGGCGCUCCACGCUGGGAGCUCGCUCCGGCGUCUCGGCCCGAUGGUGGACUCCCGUGGAAUCUUGCGCGUGAGUGGCCGCCUAAAGCAUUCACUGCUCGACGUAGAGCAGCGACAUCCGGCGAUUCUGCCUCCGGAGUCCCAUCUGACCUUGCUGGUCGUCGGUGAUAACCAUCGACGAACACUCCACGGCGGCACUCAGGCGACGCUGGCGGCGAUUCGACAGCGGUACUGGAUCCCCCGGGGACGACAGCUCGUGAGGCGUUACAUCCAUCGUUGUACGCGCUGCGCCCGAUGGCGGGCGGCGACCCCGCAGCCUAUGAUGGGCAGUCUGCCUCGAGCACGAGUCACGCCUGGACGUCCCUUCCUGUGCACAGGAGUGGACUUUGCUGGCCCGGUGCUGCUCCGGACCAGCCGGGGUCGCGGCCAUAAAGCGUACAAGGCGUUCCUGGCCGUGUUUGUUUGUUUCAGUUCCCGGGCGAUUUAUUUGGAGGUAGUAAGUGACUACACGGCGGAUGCCUUCCUGGCGGCCUUCCGCCGCUUCGUGUCUCGUCGGGGUCUGUGCCGGGCUGUCUACAGCGACUGUGGCACCAACUUUGUCGGCGCGGACUCGCAGCUCCGCGCCCUCUUCGAGCCAGCCAGUCGAGAAGUCCACCGAAUACUGGGGAGCCUGGGGACAGACGGAAUACAGUGGCACUUCAAUCCACCGGCUGCACCGCACUUUGGUGGGUUGUGGGAGGCCGGCGUCAAGUCGGUCAAACACCACCUUCGCCGAGUGAUAGGGGAGACAAAACUCACCUUCGAGGAAAUGUCGACGUUCCUGGCUGAGGUGGAGGCGUGCCUCAACUCCCGGCCGCUCCAGGCCUUGACGGACGAUCCUGACGACCUUGGGGCCCUCACCCCUGGACACUUCCUGGUGGGCGGCCCGCUGAACGCCAUCCCCGAGCCUGCGUUGACCGAGGUGCCGACCAACCGGCUGAGCCGCUGGCGGCUGCUUCAGGCUAUGCGUGAUCACCUGUGGCAGCGGUGGACGCAGGAAUACCUACAGGAGCUGACCCCACGUCCAAAGUGGUGGCGGACUACGCCAAACUUGAAGGAGGGUCAGCUGUGCCUCCUCCGGAACGAGACGACACCGCCAACCCGCUGGCCGCUGGCGCGAAUCGUGCGCCUGUAUCCUGGCGACGACGGGCAGAUUCGGGUCGUGGAAGUGCGGACACCUGCUGGGACGCUCACCCGGCCCGCCGUAAAAAUUGUGCCGCUGCCUGCUGCCGACGCCGAUGCCGCGCCUGAAUAG